AGUGCUGGGGUGCAAGAAGAUUGCAAGUGCUGGGGUAAGUCGAAUCGUCAUUAAUACAUUACAGAUAAAAAUUAUUCUAAUCUGUGAAAAACAGGUUAACUCAACAAAGUAGAUGGGGGUAACAAUAAAUAGCGUUGUAAAUUAGUAAGCAUACCGCUUGGAAUCGUUGAGAAUAUAGAAUGAACACGAUAUGUGUAUGAACAGAUGGAUGAAAUAACCACUGCAGCACUGAGUAUCAACAGUGCUAUAUAUAUACAAAUUUCGAAAAUGCAACAAAGCACAAUAAUAAUAAAGUGGUACUGUCGACUCUGGGAGGUUGUGGACCUAGUCAAGUAUUCUGCUGGCAGUGCCGAGGGAAAGUCAGUAAGCACAUCAAACAGAUGUGCUGGAGAAAGACAGGGAAUUUUGAGAUUUGCUCAGCGAAAAGCGAGGUACAAAAAGAUUGGAUUUGGUCGAAGAGCGUGUGUUGUGUUCAUGCACAGAGUGUUCAUAGUAUUUUGGAGCGUGGUUGAAUCUUUGGCACUGGCAAGCAAGCAAGCGUCAUCGGCGAAGAGUUUUGUUAAAAGAUUCGAACAGUUCGACAAAUCAUUUAUGAAAAGUAAGAAAGCCAAUGGUCCAAUGACCGAACCUUGGACAAUUCCACAGUGGAUGGGCAACAUCGGAGACCUAUGACAUCCUACUUCAACAAACUGUGAUCGACCACUCAGGUAAUUACAUAAUAGUUUGCAUGCGUUACCUCUAAAACCACAGUGUAUCAACUUUUGGACAAGAAUUUGAUGAUCAACUGUGUCAAAGGCCUUCUUUAAAUCCAGGAAUGCACAACAGACAGACUCCCCUUUAUCAAUUUUUUCAUAGAUAAAUGAAAUAAGAUCUAGGAUGGCAUGGGAAGUCGAGUGAUUGGAUUGAAAUCCGAAUUGGCAUUUGUCGAUCAGAUUGAAUUUGUUACAGAAGUUGAGCAUUCUUUUAUAGACUAAUUUUUCCAGGACGAUGCCGAUACAGGGUAGAAUUGAAAUUGGCCUAUAAUUUGAAGGAUUAUUUUUGUUGCCACUUUUGAAGAUGGGUAUUACCCUAGCAAUCUUCAGAGCGGAGGGAAAAAUUCCUAAACUAAAUGAUAGAUUAAAGAAAUGACUCAAAGCUGGGGAUAUGCUGUCUGCGACUAAUUUUAAGAAAAAAGAAGGAAUAUUAUCAUGCCCAACUGCUUUGCCUUU